UCAUUCUCAGUUCUGUGAAGCAAAACCCACUUUCGAUCAGCUUCUUUUGUUUUAAUUUUUUUUUCCACUUCAACUCAAUAUCAGAUAUGGGUAUCCGUUUACCUUCCGUGAUUCUUCAUGCCAAGCAAGUUCUCAAACUGCAGUCCAGGAACCAGAUAAAUGUUCCAAAAGGCCACAUUGCGGUCUACGUUGGGGAAAUCCAGAAGACAAGAUUUGUCGUUCCCAUAUCAUACUUGAACCACCCUUCUUUCCUAGAUUUGCUCAACCGGGCAGAGGAAGAGUUUGGCUUCAAUCAUCCGAUGGGCGGUCUUACAAUUCCGUGCGACGAAGAUGCCUUUAUCGAUCUCACUUCUCGGUUGCAUUCCUCCUGAAAGAUGAACGAGAAAAUGAUCUAGCCAGAAUUUUAGAAGAUUUGUUAGUUAAAUUCUUUCAAUCCCUUGUAGAAUAUACAAGAAAUGUAAAUCUCUAAUGCUUUUGAACACUUGACAUGAUAGUGAGUGAAGAGAUUGAUUGUACAUGCUCUCUCCCACCAAGAUGUUGUCAAUCAAUGAUAAUGAAAAGUCUUUGUUAUUUGAAUAUUA